AUGCCUGCGGACUUUGCCGCAUACUUCGAAAGCCAAGGACGUCGCAGUGGUCAGAGCCUCCUUCAGUUCAUCACCGACCAUGAUGAUCGACUUCGCCGAGUAGAAAAGCAUGGAGUCAAGCUUCCAGCAGAAGUUCAAGGAUGGCACUUGUUGGCAAAAUCCAACAUUUCCAAGGAGCAGAAGCAGAUGGUGAUGACUCAAGCCAACUCCUUGGAGCGUACGAAGAUUCAGCAAGCUUUGUACUCCAUCCUUGGUCAGGACUACAAGCACAGCCAUGUUCCAAACCCCAGCCGAUGGUCUUCCUCAUCACGCCCUUCUGGAAGAGGUCGUGGAUACUAUGUGGAUGAGGACAACAACGCCUAUGAAGAUGACGCUUGGGGCUACAUGGCUGAGGAUGACGACUUUGCCUACUAUGAGUACGACGAUGGUGCUUGGGAAGAUGAUGGCAACUAUGAUGAGUUUGACUGCGAUGCUGUCUACUACCAGGAAACUACGGAUGAUCCCAUCAUGGAUGACUACGGCUAUGACCCUGACGAGUACGAUGAAUGCUUUGCAAGCUAUGUGGAUGCUCGACGAAGGUUCAACGAACUUCGCAUGUCGAGAGGCUUCUUGCCUGUCGUUGCACUCGACCCCAAUGCCUCCGGCUCUAACCAGCAGCCCAUCAACAACAAGGGCAAAGGAAAGAAGGGUCGUGGAAAAGGGCGUGGAGGAAAGAACAAUGUGAAGUACUCCAAGCCGCCAAUGAAGCCUCACGAUCCCAAAGGUCGAGCACAAGCUGCACUUCGAUGUCGUCGAUGCGGAUCAACAAGCCAUACGACAGCGCAAUGUACCCAAGGAUCCAAGCCAACUCAAAAGGCUACUCCAACUGGUCCCAACAAGCGACAAGCCACUGAAGGAGUUGCUUCGAACAACAUCUUCGACCCUGAGAGCGGCAUGGUGAUGUUCGAGGACCAAACUGGAGCUCAAAGGCCAGAUUGUGCGAUGAUGGAUCCUGGUGCCUCCUCUUUCUUGAUGGGCUAUGGUCCUUUUUGCAGAUACUUGGACCACCUCAAGAAGCUCAACUUCCCUGUGCACGAGAUCACCCUCAAGAAGGCCAACAGAAACUUCCACUUUGGAGGUGAUCACCAAGCAGUUAGCUCUUGGACAGUGCACCUGCCCAUCUUCGUGAACCACCAAUUUGGAUUGGUCCAAGCGUUCCUCUUGAAAGGAGAGACACCAAUGCUGCUUGGACGACCAAUCACAAAAGCUCUUGGCAUGUCCCUGGACUUCCUCAACGAUCGCAUCAAGUUCAACAAUGGUGACUGGCGUGACGCAACUCUUGGACGACACAGUGAAUACCUGUUGCCACUCACUGAGGACUUUGACCCGGCGAUCAUCUCCAAUGGUGCUGCCUUCGACCUGGUGCUUGAAGAUGAGGACGGCCCCAACUUCACCCUUGAGCACUUCCAGACCACUGAGAAUGUGUACAUGGCCGACGAGCACCCAGCACCUGAAGGUUCACUUCUCCUCAAAGGCAAGCUGCUGAAAUCCAUCAACAACUUUGUGCUGACACGCCUGAAGGCGGCAGAGGCCUACAUUGCCCAAACUCUUCAUGACAUGGAAGAGAGACGACCUCGAAAACUAUGGGAAGUUUACUGUGGGCAUGGCCGAACUUCUGAGAUUGCAACUUCUUUUGGCAUGGAGACCCAGCGAUUUGGAUUUGAAACUGGAUGGAACUUUUCACUGCGAUCUCAUCAACGAGCUUUCAUGGACUUGCUCGAUGAGGAACUACCAGAUGAAGUUCUACUUGCACCAUCCUGUUCGCCUUGGUCUCCCAUGCAGAACGCCAACAUGCAGAACGAGCGCAAAUGCCAGCAGUUGCAACAACUUCGAGAAUGGCAUCACAGAGUUCACCUGCGGUUUUGCAGGCUCAUGAUGCCUGUGCGCAAGGACACCACCAUCUUGACUUCGAAAGCUGCGGUGGCACAGGCCAUGAACCGCCUUUGUCCAGGAGACCAUCAACACUGCCGACUUGAAGGCCAUCUGAAAGGUUUCAACACUCUGAAGACCACCUUCAUGCAGGACUACCAGCCUGCCAUGGCCGCCACAUUGGCUGCUGCAAUUGCUUCUCCGGAAGUACCUCACCCUUGGGACUUUGGAUUUGCAGUCCAAGAGGUGAAGGAGCAUGUCGGCAAGAUGAUUGACUUACAUGUGGAGGGCAAGGCCGAAGCCUUGCGAGUUGUUCAGAAACUCCACAGGAACCUUGGACAUCCUUCCACAAAGCCCUUGGUCGAGCUUCUUCAAAGCCGCAAUGCCAGUGAAAUUUUGAUCCAAGUUGCUGGAACCUACGUUUGUGCCGCCUGUCAAAGGUACCGUAAACCAAAUCAGCCAGCACCUUCAAGCAUCAACACUGCAGAGAACUUCAACCAGAAGGUUCAAUCAGAUGUCUUUUGGAUCAAAGAGGGUGGCGUGAAAUACCCAAUUCUCUCCAACAUCGACAUGGCCACCAAGUAUCAGACCGCCACGCUGCUGCACAAAGAGAAGACUGGCGACCUGAUCACUGGAUUUGAGCGGUCUUGGAUUGCCCAUUUUGGGCCACCAGCCAAACUUCUUACAGAUGAAGGCAGAGGAUGGGUCAGUGACCAGAUGGCUGAAUGGACUGAUUCUUUGUCCAUAAACCAUGAAGUUGCCCCUGGUGAAGCCCAUACACGAAUGAGCUUGGUUGAGAGGCGACAUGCCGUGCUGAGGAAAGCCAUUGAGGUGUAUAUCUCUGACUUGGACUUGCAUGGCCCCGAUGGACUUCGAACGGCGUUGACGUACAUCCUCCCUCAGCUGAAUGCUCAACCAACUGUGGCUGGCUACAGCCCAUCUCAGUGGCUUCUUGGGUAUCAGCCAUCGAUUGGCAACCUCCUGACCUCUGACCAGAUCACUCCAGUUCAUCUUGCUGGUGGAUCCUCUUUUGAAGAAGCCCUGCAACGAAGAAACAUGGCCAAAACGGCAAUCCUCCAAGCAGACACAGACCAGAAGCUACAGCGUGCACUACUUCGCCGAUAUGCUGGCGACAACAUCAAGCUGUCAGUGGGCCAGACUUGCUACUUUUGGCGAGAUGCACAGCAGAGCGACUUGGUCAAGAUACGUUGGAAGGGCCCAGCCAAAGUUUUGAUGGUCGAAUGUGAUGGAGAUGGCAAACCAACAUGUUACUGGAUUUGCUACAAGACUCAGCUUAUACGAUGUGUACCUCAUCACUGCAGACCAGACUUCCAUGCCUUGGCCACCAACGUCAUCGACAACUUGGAGGAAGCAAAGAAUGUGAUCAGACAGGUCAAGUCACGUGGAGUCAUUCGGUACCUGGACUUGAACCGUGUGAACAAGCAGCUCAUCGACGAUGUGGAGGAAGACGAAGAGAUGAUGUCAGACAGUUCAAACCCUGAGCAGAUCUCCAAAAGAAGACGUCUGGCUAUGUCUCCAGCACCUUCAGUGAGCUAUGAACCAUCGCUUGCCGAUGAUGAAGUUCCAAUUCCUCCUGAACAAGAUGAUGCUGCCAACAACGAUUUGAUCCACAACAACGGUGCAGACCUUCCUCAAGAUGUUCCUGUACCCGACACCAACGACAAUGCCGAGAACUUGUUUGUCGAAGAUGUUGAUCCUGAUGGACUUCCUAGCGAUUGGCACUUCAGACCUGAGACUGGCUAUUUUGAGCUGCGACCUGGAACCACCAACAGAGACUUUCGGGAAGUCAAAGCAGGAUGUUUGAUACGCCACCAUGUACAUCCUCGCAAGACCUUGUUUGACCCCAACGGCUUCAAGGACAUCCCAAUCCCGGUGGAGCACCUCGACAAUACUAGAGUGACUGUCCACCACACCAUUGACGGCCAGAUUGCCUCCUUCACUGACGACUUCAAGAACCAGAUGCACUUCACCAAAGACCUGAAGAAGCAUCAACUGCCUGCUCAAUGGUUUGGAAUCACGGUCUUUCAGAUCAAUGCCACCACCAGAAAGGAGCUUGGGAUGACAGCCCAGGACCAACGCAGCUCAGCCAAGAAAGUUGCCCAAGAUGCCAAAGUCCAACAAAAACGAGUCUUUCGCCGCGACAUGGCCAAGAACAAAGGUGAGAUCUCCGAGAAACACCUCACUGCUGCUGAGAAGGAGCUGUUCCUCCAGGCCAAGGUGAAAGAACUUCAGUCGUUUUUCGAAAAUGGCGUGUGGGAGUUUUCCACAUCAGCAGACGCCAUACCUGAAAGGACUUUGACAAGCAGAAUCCUUUUGAAAUGGUCCAAAAACACUGACGGCACCCCACGUGCGAAGGCACGAUUGGUUGUCAGAGGUUUCAACGAUGUCGACUUCCACAAGAACGUCAACUAUGGCUUCGUCUUCCAGCAGAAGCUCUACGAAUCCUUGAAGAAGACCAACAAGCUGCGCGCCAUCAUUGAGGCGAACCAGCUGCUCAAGUUUGCCAAGCAAAACCUGGAUCUGCGAUUGCGCUAUGAGCCUUUGAACGCCCUCUAUGACUCCUAUCACAAAGAAAGCCUUGCAGGUGCCUCCACCGUGGACAAGCGCACCGGCCUUGAAAUCCGUGUUGCAAAAGAACAAUUGACCUCACUUGGAGGUAUGCUGCGAUGGCGCAUCCGUUACCACAAGAUGAAGCUGAUGUGGGAUCCUGAAUAUACCAGUGCGAAAAAGAAAACAGCUGCUGAACGUCGCCCUUUUGACCAGCGCUAUGCCAUGGGAGAUGAGCGCCCUUUUGACGAGCGCUAUGCCAUGGAAGAGCCCUAUGAGCCUGUCGAGGCCUACGCUGGUUUCGUAAAGAAUGCCAAAGCCAUUGUGUAUGCCCUGACGCUCUAUGCCACUAUGCCAGCGGCUUCAGCGAUGCAUGCAUUCGACUUCAACGUGCACGACAAGCUGAACCUGCAGCUUCGAAACGACCGGCAUGAUGUGGAAAUGCGAGAAGAGAUCAACAUGCUGCAGGAAGUUCGACAUAACCUUGAACUGGAGCGCCGAUCAGCGAAUGUGAUGGCGAUCAUGAUGGAAUACAACGGCCACCAGAUCCGACACAUGGUUGGACGGAUUGAUAGACUUCAAGGUUUGAUCGCAAACCAUCAGAUGCCGUGCCCACUUGGCGACACCAUACUAGUGCAAGAGAACUUGGAUGAGACCCAAUGGCACGUUGAUGCUGACUGCCCCAUUCUCCAGAUGAAUCGAACUCCGAUCUACGAGCUAGAUCACUGCCAGCUUUGUGCCCCUCGCGAUGUGCGCAUGGUUCAAGACCGAGCAUUCACUGGUCGAUGA